AUGCCAUGGCGCACAAAGUUCCAACACAACAAGCGGCCGCCAGGAGCCAAUGCUCAGGCCAGAGCUAUUCCGAUAUCGUAUCUUUUGCUCCAACACGACCGCUCCAACACGAUCGCAACGAGGGUCAGACGCAACAACAUAGCCUAUCAUACGUCUCCUCGCUUCACCUUUCUACCUUGCACCGCAAUCAAGUUCCGUGUCAAUAGCACUCAGGAGCCUUGCCCAGUCGUCUUCCAGCGACAAAGACCGCAUUGCUCCACGUUCAUGAUGUUUGCAGUGGUCGAGAUCUCGAUUCGGCAGUCAACUGCACUGAGCGCUGGAACGUGCGCCUGCUCGGGGCGGGUGGGGUUUCCUUUCGAUAGCUCGAUUGCCGCGGUUCCUCGUCUCCUCGCAAACUUCAGUCUGUCGACACCGAGCUGUUGGAGCUGGGAUGUCAACGACCAGUCUCCUGUUUUCGUCGCUGGCAUUGGCAGAUCAGAAGCACGCGCAAUGGUCCUGGCGUUUGAUCAAAAUAGCUCCAGUGUCCAUAGUGCGCGGAGUUUCCAGUGCGAGCCUUCUGUUAUCCGUCUUCUUGUUAUGGCCGAGCGCCAAGCGACAACACAACACAACCGCGUCCCCGCCGUUCGUUCUGGAUGUAGAAGCCCCUGGCGAUCGUUCACUCAAACCGGUCAUCCAAACCGUGCCUUCGCUUCGUUCAGGUGUGGCAACGGUUUAGCAUUGGUCCAGCAUUGCGGCAUAGGCCUUCGAUGCCCACCUGCAUGCUUUAGUUGGUUCCGAAGAAGCAUCUCUGCAAUGCACGCCGUGCAGACAAAGGAAGUCAGGUGAGAGGCAAGUCGAGGCCAUGGACGGCUGCAAGAAUAGCUGCGAGACAUCUUAACAGAGCAGUCGCCCUUCGCCAAAAUCCAACGAAGCUGAUUGCGGAUACCAUCACCUUA